CAGUGUGCCGCGUUUCUGUGUACGGUCAUACCGCGCUCGCGUAGAUUUAUUAGUAAUUUCGAAUAUCCAAUGCAUUAACACUUGUCUAUCAAGUGUCUAGCUUUCGAAAAUAAUUGUGCUACCUCGACUGGCUCAGACGUUGGUUUAGUAAAUUGCUAAUUUUGGUUUAUUAGUGACGAAUACCGUGUUAGAAUAUGGGUUAGCGAGUGAAGAAACAAUGUGACAGUGAUUUUAAUAGUGUUUAAUGUUGUUUUUUACUAUUUUGUGUAACACAUUCCUGUUGUGAAAGUUUAUGUUUUCUGUUUUUGUGUGCACGGAUGCCGAUUCUAUCGUCGAUGCAUCGCGAUUGGACUGACAUUCAUAAAUAACUUAUCCACCGAACCACAUUCCAAGAAGCGAGAUGACGCCUCAACAAUACUGCCUGAGGUGGAAACACCAUCACUCCAAUGUCCAGAGCAUGUUCGCGCAAUUGCUUGAAAAAGAGAGAUUCUGCGAUGUAACACUGUACUGCUCGCCUAACUUCGCUACACAAUUGUCAAAAGAUAUGGAGACGAAUCUACGAGGGGUGUCGCUCAGGGCUCACAGGGUGGUACUGGCUGCCUGCUCGGAAUUACUGGGAACGUUACUAGGAGCGCAUGAGGCACAAGGAGAACCAGUUUUGGUGAUAGAUGGCGCUGAACCGCAACACGUGAGGGCUUUAUUGGACUAUAUGUAUACUGGGGAGAUGAAUGUACAUCAUUCCCAACUCGCUGGUCUCCUAAAAACAGCUGAAGAGUUACGAAUCAAGGGCUUAACAGAUAUUCGAUGGAACAACAAGGAUGAACCACCCGAUUGCUCAUCAGGCGCCGUAACAACGACGCAGAUGAAGCAAUCUCCCGAAAUGUGUAAAGUACCUGGCAUCAUCCCUGACAUAGACAAGAAUGACAAAAUACGCGACAGACAUUCACCCGACAAGAUUGACAAGACCACGCUUGACAGAAAGUCUCCUAUCAGAAAUAAUGAUGAAGAGAAAUGUCACAAGAAUGAUUUUGAUGACAUAGAAGUGACGAAAGAGAAAUUCACUUUAAACGGAGGUCCGCCGCCAUUAAUAAAAUUACCAGUUAAGGAAAAAUUUAGCCCAUUAAAGAGAGAGCAGUCAGAUACAGAUAGUCAAAGCCCAAAACGUCAAAGGCUCAUAAGCGGUAAUGAACAAAUGGAUGACGACUCGUUAAAUAAUAUUAAAACAGAAAAGGAUCAUGCCUGGCAACACGGCAAUUUGAAUAUCUCAGUCGAGAGGAUAGUCGGUUGGUGCGCAACAGACGCGGAGACGGGGAAUUGGUCUCGUGAUGGGUCAGACGAAGAGUGGGGCGAUGCGCCGACCGAUAUCGGGUCCUUCUUGCACACCAAGUUGCGUGUUGACGGAGACAAUAGUGCAGAUGAAGAGUCCGAUGAUAGCGCGUCUGCGAUGCCCGAAGCUCCAGCCCACGCGUCUUCAUCAUCAUCAACCACCAGUACUUCACACCUUGACAUGCCCAAACUUACCAAGGGCGGUGUCGAUCCGCGAUUCUCGGAUGUCGUUAAGUUGAACGAUUAUUUGAGGCACGGAAGACGACCGCAGUUCUGGGAAGAGAGUUAUGUUAAACGGGUUAUGGACGCAGUACGCAUGAAAGAACUAGAGAUGAAGCAAGCCGCUGAAAUACUGGGCGUGAGCUAUGGCACCUUGUAUGGGAGGUAUCGGGAUGUAUAUGGAUGCAUUAAUCGACCUUAUAGUACUAUUCGCUACACUGAACCAACAAGUAAAGCGCUGGACUCACUCGGCGGGGGCGUGGCCUGCGCUAGGGACAAGACUGGGAGCAUCAUUUUAAAACAAACCUCUCGUGACUUUUGGCAAGCGAAAGGACCCUCAGAGGUCUUGGAUCGGCUUCAGAGGGGGGAGCUGAACGUGGAGGCCGCAGCAUUGGUCCUUGGAGUGAACCCUACAAAGCUUGCAGCCUACGUUGCUGAUCCAGAAGUUGCAGGAUACACAUUACCGGCGUACAUGCCAGAUAUAACCAAGUUGUCUGAAGGGAAGAAGGAUGAUGCGAACGCGGACAUUGAAUCGGCGUUUGAUCAGAGUCUUCGUCCACGCUCUUACAGUAGAAAAGAUGCAGUUAUUACAAAACAGAUAAAGAAACCUCCAGGCAAUAUGGAGGAGGAUUUAUCAGCCAGCUCUUUUGAAACUCCAUUUACGCCACAACCCAAUCAAAGCAACGCGUGGCCAUCGAUCCGCGUAGCGAGCAUAGAGUCGCUUCGAGGUGGCGAAAACACUCCCUCUCCCUCCCAACUCAUGAAAACACGACCGGAUCUGACAAUAAUAGCCGCGAAACGCGACAAGGAUGAAACGUGAUAAUACUCUGUGGUUAAUUUCCAUAUUAGGCCUGCCUAUCCGUAAAAAAAAAAUUAAGGUCCCUUGUCCGUAUUGGGCUGCUAACUACUUCAAUGUGAUCUUUCCCAAGAUUUGAGAGCUAUUGAUGAAUCGUUUACAGUGCCACAUACUUUUCUUGGACGGAAAUUUCGCUGUCAUGGAUAUUAGUAUUGCCAGUUAAUAAAAAUUUACCGAUAUAAGGGAUAUUCAUAAAAUAUAUUCAUAAAUAUAAAGUUCAUACUGGCUUAGUUUAUAUUUUACUGAAAUAUCUUAAUUAAAUUUAAUUUCUAGAUACAUUACAGUUCUAGGCAAAGGCAGUGUCCAAAUGUGACACAAACUAUUACUAUGUUACUAUUAAUAUAAUUUAUUUAAGAUACCUAAUCAGAACUGUUUGAUAAUUAAACUUUGCCAUUGUAAUUAAUAAUGCAAGGAAAAAUAAAUAGAUUUUUAUUUUAUUAGAUGUUGUAUUUGACAGCUGACUGACAAUGUCAGUCUGAAAUUUCAAAAUGGCGACGGUAGAACCAAUUUCAGCCGCCGGCCAAGAAAAGUAUGUGACAUUGUACAAGGAAUCUUUUAUGUAUAGAUAGAGGUUUUGUGUCAAAAUAUAAUCUGUAGUUUGUCCAAAAACCCUUUCCAAAUAAUGUGCUAACAUGACUAUUUUAAAAAAUAAUUUGUUUUAAAUAUUAUUUUCAUCUUUAUUCAUAACAACUAAACUAAUUGUGCACUAAAAAUUUAAAGUUUUU